AUGGCUGAAUACGAAGCCUGCAUACUAGGCCUCAGAAUUGCGCUAGAUAUGGACAUCAAUGAAUUAUUGCUCAUUGAAGAUUCUGUCUUCCUGAUUCAUCAAGUACAAGGCAAAUGGGACACUAAGAAUGAAAAUAUCUUACCAUAUGUGAACCUGGCACAGAGAUUGCACAAGAAGUUCAAAAAGAUCGAGUUUCGACAUACGCUAAGGGCUCAGAAUGAAUUUGCUGAUGCACUGGCCACAAUAGCAUCAAUGAUCCAGCAUCCUGAAAGCAAUCACAUCGACCCGCUAAGGAUAAGUUUGAAAGAAGAACAUGCCCGCUGUUACUAUGUAGAAGCUGAGCCAGAUGGCAAGCUAUGGUACAGCAACAUCAAAAUGUAUCUGGAAGGACAGGAAUACCCCAAAGGCAUUACAAAUGGACAAAAGAAGACCAUCCGAAGAAUGGCGAACGGUUUCUUCCCAAAUAAAGAAGUGCUAUACAAACGGACGCCGGAUUUGGGUCUGCUUAGACGUGUAGACGCCAGCGAAGCCACCAAACUUCUAGAAGAAGUACAUGUGGGGACAUGUGGACCCUAUAUGAAUGGAUUCGUACUACCAAACAAGAUUCUACGAGCAGGAUAUUAUUGGAUGACUAUGGAGAGUGACUGCUGCAAAUAUGUGCAAAGGUGCCAUCAAUGCCAGAUCCACGGUGAUUUGAUCAAGGAAGCAGAAUUAGACGAUGCUGAAUGGGUUCGAGCUCGAUAUAAGCAAUUGGCCUUAAUCGAUGAGAAAAGGAUGGUUGCAGUAUGCCACGGUCAAUCGUACCGACAAAGAAUGGCAAGAGCUUUCAACAAGCGAGUCAGGACCAGACUCUUUCAGAUCGGGAAACUGGUGCUCAAAAGAUCUUUUCCACAACAAGAGGAAUAUAAAGGGAAGUUUUCUCCCAACUGA